UGACGAUAAACAUUGUAGAGACAUCGCCGUGAAGAAGUUCAACAGCGAGAAGAUCAGCUGAACGUCUUUCAGUUCUCUCGCCUUUAUUGAGGUUUUUAGCAAUUCAGCUGGACUUUAACAAUGACAUCUUUGCUAAAACAACGCACAAAGAAGGGAAAACCUCAAGAUGGCAAGCAAUGGCUCCAUCCAGCUGAUUUACUAACAGACGCUGCGGUGGUGUAUCCAGUAAAACUUCUUGGUACAACAGAAGUAGCACAAGCCAAAGGGACAGAAGUGAUUAGAGAUGCUAUCACAAAAGUGCAGUUUGCAAAGCAUAUCAAGCAAAGUGAAGCUGGUAAAAAAGGCAGUAAACUUAGAAAAGUUGACUUGAAGAUCUCAAUUAAUGCCAUCAAAGUGGAUGACUCCAAGACAAGGGAAGAAAUCUAUUCUUAUCCCUUGCAUCAUAUUUCCUACUGUGCUGACGAUAAGCGAAGCAGAAAGGUAUUUGCUUUUAUAGCAAAAGACAAAAGCUGUCCACAACACACUUGCUAUGUCUUUGAAUGUGAAAAACAAGCUGAGGAUUUAACAUUAACAGUAGGACAAGCAUUUGAUCUUGCUUAUCGGCGCUAUCUUGAAAAUGUUGGAAGGCAAAAAAUCCAAGCAGCAGAGGUUGAGAGAGAUGGUAUGAAGCAAAAACUGUCGGAAUUAGAGAAAAGUCAGGAAAGUACACAUAGUGAGCCUAUAAGCAAUGCAACAAUUCCAUCUCCAUCAACAUGGCCAAAUCAGAGUCCAGCAAACAACAGUAAAGAUGUAAAUCUCUGGGAUGAYUCAACCCCAGUUCCUAAUCUACCACCUCCACCCAAACAAACCCACAAAGACACCUUUGAUCCUUUUGAAACUUCAGCUCUGACCACCAAUGGUGUUAGCUCAUCUCAAAUGCCUUUUGAUCAACAACCUGUUGCGCCCAAUAGUAUCUCAUCUCCAUUUGAGGAUUCACCAUCUGCUUCACCAGCUUUAAAUAACAUUGCAAAUCCUUUUGACCAGAUGUUUGAACAGCAACAACAAKCAUCAACWUUUUCCUCUAACACUUUUGACAGUUUUGAUCCAUUAGAUMUUGCUCCUCCUGUGCAAUCAAAUCAGCCAUUUGGAAACAACCAAGCACCGUUACAAUCAGGCAKUGAUCAAGCUACAUCUUUAUUCAGUACUGAUAAUUCCCCUGGUGUAGAUGCUACACCAAGUGAUAAUAACAUUUAUGCCCAACCACAUGUUCAAAGACCAAGGCCUACACCCAGGAGCAAUAUUCCAUCAUCCCUCCCUCCCCCGCCUUCCAAGCAGAGUGUAAAAGCUGCAAAGGCAGCCGCUGCUGCAGCAGCUGGCAAGAAACAAGAACCCCUUCCAGUGCCAGCAUUUAACUCKACUCCUCCUUCUCAAAAUCAACCAAGUUCAGAUCUUUUYGGUCUGGAACCACGUUCAACUUCCCCUGGAAAUCCAUUCUCAAGACCUGCAGAUUUUGAUCCAUUUGCAGAUAGUUUUGAUCCUCUUGACUCCAACAAACCUCCACAAGUAAAUAACCAGWUUACAGACCUUCAGAGUAACUUCUCAAGAGGGAUGGUCCUGGACAGUAAUGAUUUGYUUUCCUAAUCAAUCAUUCCUGGAUGAUGUUUCCAUCUUUUUAAUGGUGAAGAUUGUUGGAAACAGUUCAACCUGAACAUUUUAUGAGAAAAAUGGCCUGUUAAUGAGAUUUGGCUAAAAUUCAGCCACUGAUCCUCAUGGAUCUAAGAGAGAACUUUCUAAUGAAAUUUAUUUAGCACAGAGAAGUGUAUUAGUGAUCAUAUAGUAACAGAUUUCAAAUUAUUGUACAAGUUUUAAGUUGGUGUUGGAUAUAUAUGACUUUCGUACCAGGAAGACUCCUAAGCUGUAGAUGUGAAAAGUUUUGAAAGAUAAAGUGGCAUUAGAAAAAUUGGAACACAGUAUAACAAUUAGGCUGUCAAAGUCAAGUACUGUGUGCUCCAGUAAAAAUAUGGAUAUAAUUUAGUUUGAAUUCAGAUAGAAAUGAAGUGCUAAAAGCAGUUUGAACAGAUUGUUUUCAAGAGCAUUGUCUUACUCAACUUGUUCGAUUUGGUAAUUUCACAGCCAAAGUAUGUUACUAACAGUUGGUACUAUAAAACUUUUUCAAUAAUAUUCAUUUCCUUAUGGAUAUAAAAGUAUUCACAUUUUUUUGGAACUUUCAAGGAGGUAAUAUCUAUUGACAUUUUUGUUUAAUUAUUUUACAAUUAACCGUUGAAUGUUUUUGUCAUUUAAUUCUGCUUGUCAGUUAUCACUGCUCCACAUAAUACAGCAAAUAAUUGUCAAUUUCAUUAUUAUUUUGUGCAAAGAUUAUAUUUUCCAGCAUUUAUUAAAUCAUAUUAUUCAAUUAUUUGUUAAUUUGCAAUAGCUUAAUUAUUCAUUGAAUAAUCAAAUCAAUACAUGUAGAUGGAGUUUAUGAAAUGUUAGAAAGAGACUUAAAUAUUGUGAUGCCAAACAUAAUUUUGUAUUAGAUAUGGUACAUGUUGUAUUUAGAKUGAAUAGACCUGCACAGAAAUGGAAGCUUAAAAACUACAUAUAUUAAUUACAUUUAGUUAUUAUUCAUUGGAAUUUGUUAUGUUUGACUUGUAAAUGGAGUUCACUUAUUUGUUUCAUAAAAAAUAAGAUUGCUAAUAAACAAGAAAUCAAUAUACUGAAAA